CAAGAAAUUCGGAAUGAGGGGUAUAAUAAGAAGAAGAAGAGGAGAAACGUGGAUAAUUUCCAGCUUUUGCUUUAAAUAGUGAGAAAAAGAUAGAAUUUUUGUUCAAAACGGUUUAAAUAACUUGUGAAAUUCAACGUGAAAGUGUCGCAAAAAUGAGUGUAGUACAACGAAAUGCACAAGAUAUGGACGUGAGUGGCGUAAAGCGGAAACAGCCGGACGAUGAGGGUUUCUCUGAGGCCUACCAAAUGCCAUCAAAAUUUUACAUAACACUUGCCAAAGAAAGUCCAAGGGAGAGCAUCUGCUGCGAAUCGGACGACGCAACAUAUGAUAGCUUCCACGGACGUGAGACAGAUCUUUGCCGGGACACUAGUGAUACCGACACGGAUGGCACAAGUGGUGAAGAAACCAUUGCUGUGCUGGAAUACGAAGUAGCUACGGACUCCAGCAUUUCCGGGAACAAUCUCUACUCGGACGACUCAUCCAGCGGCACCGAACACGAGGUGGUAAUCGCUGCCUUGACCACGUGGAUGGCCGACGAUAGUUCAUCCGGAAGUGAUUUUGCCAUCUUUGCGGACACCGAGGCAUCCGAUGGAUCAGCCACGGAUCCUGAACUCCGCCGUGCCGACUAUUGGGAGUGCGUCAAGUGCAAGAACAAGCAGAACAAUCCGCUCUAUCGAUACUGCGAAAAGUGCUACCAGAUCCGGAAGAAUCAUUUUCCACCUCGUCCGAAGCGUCGGAAGAAGCGAUCCAAGAGGAAGACCAAAGGCCGAAGGAAGCAACAACAUGAGCAGACCAUCAAGAGUCCAUCGACAUCAGAUGAGGAGGAGGAGGAAACUGUGAGGAUGGAACAGCAGAAUGGUGGAAAAUGGAAGGAUGGCUGCAAAAUCAAGUCAACAUCAACAACAGAUGGUAAAAGUAGUGUUAAGGGUCGCAAAUGUCAUUUGACGAGGGGAAUGUGUGUGGCCAAUAGUGCCGGGGAGACAGUUGAGAGUGACGAGGAAGCAUCAGCGGGGGGAUCCACGAAGGGUGGUAGUUUAGGUGGUGUUACAAGGUCACGUGUAAAUAGUGGUUCAAGCUGCGAAGGGGGCAGGGAUAGUGGGAGGAGGAGCGGUGAUGUUGGACAUUCUAGUCUAGGUGAUCGCAAGAGACGAUCAAGUAGGGUAUCCAGGGAUUUAUUGCUGGAGGAUGAUGAAGAGGAGGGGGGAGAAGAAGAAGAUCAUGAUGGUGCUGUGAUGAGGAAGAAGGCAAGAUUAGACUGCAGAUUUGAGAAUAAAUUCUUCAAAAAUGUCAUGAUGGAGCAACAGUCUGAAGAAUCAGGUGUAUUGUCUUGUACAUCAAGUCAAGAAUUGUCACCUAUGUCAUCCCUAGCGACAAUUCUUCCGGAGAGUCAGGAGACGUUCUGUGAAGAAUUGGAACUUGAACGUGCCAAGGUUCUCAAUCCAUUGUCAGAGGUUUGGGAGGAUGCUGAUAAAGAUGAACAAAUGAGAAAGGAUCGUCAUUUGGAUGAAGGGGAAAAUCUUGGGAGAUGUAUUAUGUGCCUGGAGGAACCGAAGAAUGGUGUCUUUGUACAUAGUCGAUUCCUCCAUCUCUGCUGUUGCUAUAAAUGUGCUGUUAAAGUGUGGAAUAAGCACAAACGAUGCCCUAUUUGCAAUUCUAAAGUUAAGAAUGUACUCAAGCUUUUCGUUCACUAACGCCACUCUCUUUAUGCCUUUAGAGUAAAUUAAUUGGGCUUGAUUUUAAAAGACAAGGACAGAGAGACAGAAAAGAAUGUGUAUGAAAAGUACACAAAAUAUAAUUACAGAUAGUUGUUAUAACAAAAAAAAACAAGACAGAAAUCGUGAAGAGAGUGAAAAAGAAGGUGGAAGAACUCUUGAAAUAAUAAUAAUAAAAAAAAGACGAAAAAACGAAAUAGGAAUUACAUACGUGUUUAGCACUAAUUGAAUUGCUUUUAAUGUUUCUCUCUUCGUCUAAUUCCUUCAAUCCCCCUCCCCUCUUUCAAAUUUAACAUUUAUAUAGGUCUCUACAAAAUCAUAAAGAAUAUUGAAUUAUAAAUGCAAUUUUUCAUAUAGAAUUUUUAGGAAUUUAAUUAGAAAGAAAAGCAAGAAUAAGUGGGAAUAAUUUAAAGGAAUAAUUGAAAUGAACCAUAAUUUAUUUACUAAGUGGCCUUGUGACACUGGUGGAAUAUUAAAAAAAAAGAGAAAAAAGUUGUAUAUACAAAAAACAUCUUUUAGGCAUAUUUUAUUAAAUUCACGGGUGUUAGAUUAACACCUAACAAAUGAUUAGGCGUACACAUGAAAUUUCAGGAUGAGGCUAUUAUUGAGCCUCAAAACAUCAAUAUUUUCUUGUAAUGUUACAUGGUUUUACGGUUUAUAACGUUUUUUUUAUUGACAUCUUCAAAUGUGAAUGAAAAAAAAGUAAUAUCAUUCACAUAUGAUGAAAAAAAUGCAAAAUAUUUUCCAGGAGUGGAGAAAAAAAAUCAAAAUUAAUAAAAGAAAACUUCCUUUACAGCCAAAAAA